GGAGCGAGAGAGAGAGAGACCGGUUUCAGUCGUGGAUUCAAGGGAGGACUAAUUUACGAGUCUUGCUUUGCCUUUCAGGAAAGCGGAGAAGAGGCGGAGGGUGGCUGGUAACGGAGAAUGCAGCAGUUACAUUUUUGAAGCAUGCAGAAGAAGCAGGCCUUUUCCGGUUCCUAGGCUGGUGUGCGAGAGCGCGCGCGCUCGCGCGCGCGUGUGUGUGUGUGUGUUUGUGAGUGUGUGUGCGUGCGUGCGUGUGCGCGCGUGCGUGCGUGUAUGAGAGCGCGUGUAUUGAGUGCGUGCCCACCAUCCGAGGCCAGCAGCCGUAUGGGGACAGCGGCGGUACACACAGAUGGCAUGGACGCUUCCACAAGGUCUGCCGCUCAGCCUCUGCCCUGCCUCCCGCGCCGGAGCUCGUUCGCCGCCGUCUCUCUCUUGCAGCUCCCUCCGCCGCCCAGCAGCACUGCACCACAGCACAGGCUGACGGUAUGAGGCUUGAUCCAGUGCAUUUCUCCAUGCUGGUCAUCGGGGUCUCGUUCGCCUGUUACGCCCCGAGUCUCAACUCCCUCCAGGACCAGGCCUACCGAUCAGCUGUGGUCAUUGAGGGCGAGGUGCGCUCCUCCCCGGAGAACGUCUCCUCCCGGGAGCCCUACAGUGUGAAUGUCAAAGUGCUGGACGUGUGGCCCGUCAACAGCGGCGGCCUCGAGAGGGAGCAGGUCGUCACCGUCGGGCACUUUAGUUCCGAGGCCCCAUGCGCCACGGUGGAGAAGGACCACAGGUAUAUCUUUUUCAUGGACCCGACCGGGGAGCCCUACGUGUUCAAGGCGUCGUACGCCCCCGUGGACGCCAGCGAGCCGGAGCUCAAGAAGGACGUGGAGAGAGUGUUGUGCGAGGACUGCGCCUCUGUUCCUAAGCUGCGACUGAUGCGAGGCCAGUCACUGACAGAAGGGGACAAACUGUACUUGAAGUGUGAGGCGUCAGGGAAUCCAAGUCCUUCCUUCCACUGGUACAAGGAUGGACAAGAGCUUCAGCGAGGGAGAGACCUCAGAAUAAAAACCAACAAAAAAAACUCCAAGGUGCUGAUCAGUCGAGUGCGUAUGGAAGACUCUGGAAACUACACCUGUGUGGCUGAAAACUCAGUUGGACAAGAAAACGUCACAAGUAUUAUCAGCGUGCACAUCUUAACCACCACCACCUUGUCCCUGGGUGUGAGUCAUGUGAGGCACUGCAAUGACACGGAAAAGGCCUACUGCAUCAACGGUGGAGACUGUUACUUCAUACAUGGUAUUAACCAGCUUUCUUGCAAGUGUCCCAAUGACUAUACGGGGGACCGCUGUGAAAACUCCGUCAUGGCCGGUUUCUACACGCUUCUCAGAAUUGAAUUAAAGGAGGCCGAGGAGCUCUACCAAAGGCGGGUGCUGACGAUCACAGGAAUCUGUGUGGCCUUGUUGGUGGUUGGCAUCAUUUGUGUGGUGGCCUACUGCAAAACCAAGAAGCACAGGAAGAAGAUGAAACAUCACCUCCAUCAGAACCAGAAUCAAUGUGUGGAGCAACCCAACCGCAUGCUGCCCAACGGGCCCAACCAUCCCGGGCCUGGUUCUGAGGAAAUUCCCAUGGUUGAUUACAUCUCCAAGAGUGUCCCUACCACAGAGUGUGUCAUCAGCCAUGGAGCUGAAGGUGCUGGCAACUACGCAGGCAGCAGAAUGUCUACUCGCUCACAUCACUCGACCACUGCCUCACAUGCAUCCAGACAUGAGGAGCAGACAUGGAGCAUGGAGCGAACAGACAGCAUGAAUUCAGACUGCCAGUCAGGUGGCCUGUCAAGCUCUGUUGGAACCAGUAAAUGCAGCAGCCCGGCUUGUAUGGCAAGGAGGGCUCACUGGGGCUGCACGGAUGUAUCCAGUCCGGGAAUGCAGUAUGGAGAUUCCUACGACUCACUAAGGGAUUCACCUCACAGUGACAGAUAUGUGUCCGCGCUGACCACACCAGCUCGCUUGUCUCCGGUGGAGUUCCACUACCCGCCGUUGCCACCCCAGGUUCCCACCUUCCAUAUCACCUCACCCAACACAGGCCACGCCCUCUCCCUACCGCCUGCCGCUGCAGCCUACCACAGAGACGACGACCAGCCGCUGCUAAGAUGUCCUGAUGAUCGCAGUUUGUACAGGCAGCCUCGACGACCGCGUCGACCCUACCUGACAGAGAGCACAGGAAGUCUCCCAUCCAGCCCCUACCGUCUCCCUGAUGAAGAGGCCUACGAGACCACGCAGGAGUACGCCUCCUCAAGGGAGCCCAUCCGGAGUCGACGGCGCCCGCGACGCAACCGCCUCAAUGGACACGUAUCUGAGAGGUCAGCGGGCCUACGGGACUACAGGUCACAGAGCUUCAGCCAAUCAGAGGAGGAAGAAGAAGAGGAUGAAGAUGAUGAAGCUCAAGGGGAGAGCACGCCUUUCCUCAGUAUGCAGAACAUGAACAUGGACCAGCCUUUAAACGUGCCAGGUUUCCAUUCAUCGUCAGGGGCCGACACACGGACUCACCGCGGGCUGAGUCGGCCGGGGAACCGAAGCGGCGGGCAGAGUCGCAGCUCACAGUCGCAGCGCUUCAAGUCGGACAACAUGCCCCUUUAAGACUGCCCCCUUACCCUUCCCUCACAUCCCCCAUCAAUGCAGCCCUGCCCUCCCCCUACACACACCAGUCCACCUCGCACACACCUCUUCCUUCUUCUGGACUAGAGACCUGCACCAAGGAGAAAUAUUUUUAUUUUGUAUAACAGACAGAUAUUGUAAACAAAUGAAAUAUUUAUUUUCAUUUCAGCAAAAAUUGUCUACUAGCUAACAGCAAAGACUUUUUUAUAAUGGGGGAAAUAUUUAUAUGUAAAGGUUUUUUGAUUUACAGCAGUAUGAGAUGAAAAUAUGAGAAAUACGUGCCAUUUUUUUCACAAGUUAGAUAAAUAGAAUAAUAUUGUGGUGCCUUUUGCUGUAUGCUGAAGUCGGAGGUCCCAUUGAGUUUUGUAGCCUUUCUUAUAAAGACUUCUCAUUUUUAUAGAGACCGAUCCUCUUCCUUAAUUUUGCUUUGUUUUUUUUUUUCUCUGAUUUGGGAUCCUCCUCUUUUUGAACUGUGAUCUGAUUAUGUCAUCAUGCAAUAUUGAGUCCUGCUGUGUAAAAGGUGUCUGUUUACAUAGUUUUGAUUCACGCAAAGCGCUUGUCUCACAGGGACAUUAGUCACUGACGUAAUCGGGUGUGCUGGGUAGUUUUGUCACUUUAGAUGAACAUGUAUCAUUCAUUUACGUCUCUGCUCACUGCCUAAUUUGUGUAUCCUGUGAGAAGUGGAAUUAUGAAUGGGGAAGUGACAUAACAUUCUCGUGUAUGCGAUCAGGGUGGUGGCAGAACACAUGGGUUGAUUUUGAGAGUAAGUGUGUCCAGUGUGCGUGCGCCUCAUCGAGCCUCACGUGGUCGGUGUCUUGUUUUACUAGCAAGUUCCUUUCACCGAUCCUCGCGCUGCCAGAAGCUCCAUUGCACUGACCCUUCCCUCGUGAGCAGUCAUUGGCCAGGGAGCUGCCCAUCGAAACCCACCAGUUGAAAUCCAGCCUGACUCUGGCCUCCUGUGGACUGCCAAGCCCACAUCUUUCCUAUGCCAGCAGCUUAGAGCCGCACUGUGUCUCAGGACUUCCCCAUCCCAUCAUAGCCAAAAGACUCGAGUCGAGAGAACUCGUCUUCUCAACAACCUCUCAGUUCGCAGGCCAGAAUCACACCCCCCUCACUCUCCUUGACCAAGUCUUAUGCGUACAGGUCAGGGCUGCGGUUUAGAAUCUGUGGGUAGAAAAUUGAAGAAUGAUUCUUUUUUUUUUUCUUCUUCCAAAGUUUGUCGAUGUCUGAAAGUGGGCAUGCGUGUUGCAAAUGAAGCUACAUCUGUUCUCUUCUGAUGCAGGGGAAUAGCAAAGAAUUCCGGGCACUCCAUGCUCACUCUUAGUUAAUUUCUUUUAGCGCUAUUGGAAUGUUUUUGAAACUCUGAGAACCUCAGAGUCAUCACUUUUCACUGCUCUCAUAUGAAGGAAAAUGAUUAGCCUUAAGGCAAUUCCGGUUUUAUUUUUCAUUAAGUUUAAAACCAAACACUGGUGUAACACAAAUUACUGCAUCCUUGAUAUGUAUUUCAAUACUUUAAUUGGUCAACAUGUUGCUUGGUCAUAUUGACUGAAUGCUCUGUUAUACGUAAGUCUCCGCCUACUCCUUCAACCAUCCCCACACAUUCAUGUCUUCCAUUACCCCUUAGAGACCUUCAGAAGCAUUGGUGAAUUAAGGCCCCAUCUUCGGCACACUAUUAUAGUAGGGUGAUUAUGCCAGAAAUGCUUACAUUUCAGAUAUGUACAGUGCAUUGGGUCGAGAGAGGCCUCCAGGUUCAAUGUGUCAGAUCCAAUAAUCUUCACUCUUAUAUUGUUUUCACACAGGAGAUGCAUGGAUCACGGUUUCCCCAAAAAAGAAAAAAAAUGUAUUUUUAAAAAGAGGAACCCCGUCAAUUCAGGGGAAUCCUAUUAGAAUUAUAUAUAAAAACAUUAUUUGGUUUCCUGGCUCAGAGGUCUGCCUAGUUUUGUCUUAUUAUCACUGUAAUCAAACUGGGAUUUGCAAUGUGGAAAUACUGCAAGUGAGGGUAGUGUGCUUCUAGAGAUAGAUGAAUUGUUAACACUCCCACCCUUUCUCCUCACCCUUUGCUCCUCUACCCUCGACAUGUUGCACGCAUCGCAUACACAACUAAGCACAUACAUAUACAAGGACACACACAAACGCGUGCAAAGCCCUUUCAUAUCUAUGUAUGUCACGCAGUUUAGCUCUUAUCAUUUGUUUUAACCGACUCCCUUUCUUCUUCUCUCCUCUCUGCUCCUCCCCCUGCAUGUCCUAGUGGUACUGGUAGUUGGGUGCAUGGAUAAAGUCAGCAAACUGUUUUUUUUUCCACUUGGUGAAAAAAAAGUGUAUUCAUUUUAGCAUUCAGCAAUAAAUUCCCUUAUCUUCAUGUCCAUCGUUCUUGGAA